UCAUGCCCCCGCAGCCUUCAGCAGCCGAACAUCCGAGAAGCAUUUGAUAGAGAAGCCGCCGCCGCCACCGCUGCCGUCAUGGGGACGACGAUGAGCGAACCGUGCAUCUACGACAAGCUGUCGGAGAGCAUCGACAUCCUCCGACAGUCGGGCUACCGCUACGGCAUGUCGGAGCGCGAGAUCGAGAGGUUCAUCAAGCAGGUUCUGGAGACCAACGAGCCCAGGAGAGAACCUCCUCAGUUCCCCAUCCUGAGAGCCACCAUCAAGUUUGUGGUGGCAGUGGGCUUCCUGCUGGUGGUGGUCCUGGCCUUCACCUACCCCCAGAGCGCCCCCCAGCUCGGACUGGUCAAUCUGGGAUGCUACAACUGGUCGUCUCCCCUGAGCCACGUCCGCCUGCUGUCCCUGCCCAUCGCCAAGAAGUACAACCUGCAAGGUUUCCAUGAGUGGUGGAGCGCCGGUUCCCUCAGGCAGAGUCUGGUCAACUGUUCCGGCUGUGCAGAGAUCUCCUCGGUGCUGGAAGUUCCAGAGAGCCUCAGAGGAACCGUGACGCUGCGACGAGGUCCACAGCUGGUCCUGCUCAAGGGCGGUGAGUCCCUCAGCGUCCAGCGGCAGCAGCUGGAGGAGCUCUACUUGGCCCACUCGGGCUCCAUGUCCAUCCUGCUGGAGGAGGACGACGGCCUGCAGAACCACAACCUCGGCCUCCCGCAGGGACCCGCGAACUUCACCCUGCUCUGGAGGUUCAGCUCUGGCACCAGGGAGAAGGUGUUGCGGUGGCUCUUCCCGAAGGCGGAGCUUUGCCCGCUGCUGGACAGCGCCGGUACCAUCCUGCAGCGCUGCCUGGUCACCCACAGCACAAACUCCCAGAGCAAGGGUGUCGGGGUGUUGGGCUGGCUGGUGGUGGGCGAGGGGCUGCCGACCGUCCGAGUUCUGCCGGUGCAGCGCUGCCAGAAACACUGCAGCUCCUUCAACCUGUGGCUGACGCCUGGAGACAUGGUGUACGCCGACCCCCGGUACUGGCAGAUGGAGCUGUUCCCGGGCCGAGGCCAGAACAUCAUCUGCGACGGAUCGGCCUUUUAGCCUCCAGGCGGCGCAGCUUCAGGAGGACUCAGCAGGUCGUCGGUGAAUGUUGGAGGCGUUUCGGAGCUCGGCGGCCUUCCUGUGGCUCCGCCCACUGAUGCCUUACAACCCCGACCCGCCGUUUUGUUUUGUUUUUUUUUCUCCUCGGACGACUGGAACACCGCGGUUUGGAAAAAGAGAUCUCCUGCGGGGUUUCGAGGUUCGAGGACUUGACUUUGUGACUCCUGACUCGUGCCAUAACUUAAUCAUGAAAUCAUCAGAUCGUCGCUCACCUCGGAAUCACCAACACCUCCGACUGAUUCAGGGGUUUGAUCACGAAACUCUUCCCCUGAACGGAGAAUUAAAAAUGUGCACCCCAUGUUUUCGGUGCUGGAACCAGACGCCGGUUUCUAGCCAUGUAACCCUCUGAACUCCAAACUGGGUGCUUUUGUUUGCUCCUGGCUCAUUUUUCCUCACUGUUGGCUCAUUC